AUGAAACAGCUAUACGACUUAGGUGAAUUUUUUGGCAGUCGAUACAAACAAUUUAUAGGCGACAGGUUUGAUAUGAAAAAAAUUUCGGUUACAUCUACAAACAGCGAAAGAGCUAUUGUCAGUGCUCAAGCCUUCCUUCGCGGAAUGUUUCCGGCUAAUGCAGAGGACGUUUGGAUGAACGGUGAAAGCUGGCAACCGCUUCCCUUCUAUUCAAGAACUUUUGGAGAUUCAGAUGCUAUGUUAAGACCAACUGAUUGGGAAUGUAGUUUGUACGAUGAAGUGGCAGAUCACGAGAACAAAGAUGCUUUUGAGAAGUUGAAUAAGGAGUAUUCUGAUUUUUUUGAGUUUUUAAAAAAUGUUACUGGUUACGAAAAAGUUGAUUUUCGUAGAGCUGCUUCGUUAAACAAUCUGAACAGAGAGAUCACUCAUCAUUUGCCGCAACCAGACUGGGUAUACAAGCGAUGGCCGGAGCAUGAAAAUCAAACGACGCUGGAAAUUGUGACGGAGUUGAAAAGAAUUGAGAGGGUUAGCGAGUUUGAUUCACCGAACAAGGCUCGUCUUCGCGGUGGGCUGCUUCUGGGAGACUGGGUUUCUAGGGCUGUUAACAUUUCAAGUGGUAAAACAGUUCAACCGCAAAAAAUGAACCUUUAUUCAACGCACGACGGUACUCUUGCAUCCCUGAUGUAUGCAUUUGGAAUUGGGGAUGGGACGCUGAUACCCUAUGCUGCUUGUCUCAUAAUGGAGGUUUAUCAGACACCGAAAGGCGGCACUGUUGUAAAGGUAACUGUAAAACAACUUUUUGCUGCAAGUUGAAACCAAACGGACUCGAACUAUUUGCAUGAUACAAUUAUACCUGGUUGUCAAGAGUUUUGCCCGGUAAAAAAAUUGAAAAAGCUGUUUGCUGAUAUGAUCAUUGACGACGACAACGAACUUGUUGAGGUCAACACAUAUAUGCAUUAUAUGACUAUCUGA